AGAUUUUGCAACAUGGCAUUGUUAGGUUCGUAUUUAAUCUUAAAGACCCUCCAAAAGAACGUUAUCAAUAUCAUCAUCUUCCUUUUUCCUCUUAUUAUUAUUAUUAUUAUUAUAAUUUCAUUCCAUGUGAAGCAGCUGCUACUCACUCAUUAUUGUUCCUCUCUUCUUUACCCAGGAAAAUAUUAUCCUUACGUCGAAAUAAAAAAAGGGCAGCAUUACUAAGUGGAAGCAUAAUAAAGCAUUAGUAUGGGAAGUAAGUGGAUGGCAUUUGAAACAAACAAUAAGACUAAUACAACAACUGAAAUCGUACAUGAUGAAGCUAGUAUGGCUAAAAGGGCAGCUGAAUGGGGACUAGAAUUGGUACCGGCAGAAGAAGGAGAAGCGACGUCGUCGAAAUCGAAUGUGGUGGUUCGAAUCUCAGGGGAUGUCAGCCAAAGCAAGGAUUCGUCGGAGAGGGUAAACGUCGAGUCGAGAAUGUCGGAUGAUUCAAGUUCUAGAAGAACAUCUUCGGAAAACUUUCCUAGAGUGUCACAAGAGUUGAAAGAAGCAUUAGGCAGUUUGCAACAAACUUUUGUGGUUUCUGACGCUUCUAAACCUGAUUGCCCUAUUUUGUAUGCUAGUAGUGGGUUUUUUACUAUGACGGGAUACUCUUCUAAGGAAGUUAUUGGACGCAAUUGUCGAUUUUUGCAGGGUCCAGAAACAGACCAAAACGAGGUGGAGAAGAUAAGAAAGGCAGUGAAAAAUGGAUCCAGUUAUUGUGGAAGGUUGUUGAACUACAAGAAGGAUGGUACUCCUUUCUGGAACCUUCUUACUGUCACCCCUAUUAGGGAUGAUCAAGGUCGUGUCAUCAAAUUUAUUGGAAUGCAGGUUGAGGUCAGUAAAUUCACGGAGGGAAUAAAUGACAAGGCAUUACGUCCUAAUGGCUUGCCUAAGUCAUUGAUCCGCUAUGAUGCUCGUCAGAAGGAAGCGGCCAUAGGUUCAAUAAUAGAGGUCGUUCAGACUGUGAAGCAGCCUCGCUCUGUUAGUCAAUCUCUAACUAUGAGUAGUAAGGAUGCUGACAAGGGAGAGGUCGCCGGGAAGUUAGAUCUCGACCUGCUGCCCAAAUCUGCAGAAAUUUACAAUAUGGGAACUCCAGGCAGCUUGUCAACUCCCGGUAGGCUGUCAACUCCCGGUAGGCUGACACCUCAAUCUGAUGACUUUAGUAAAGAUGGAGACAAAGGCUCUAGAAAAUCAGCACGCAUUUCCUUAUUGGGGUUUAAAGGGAGAUCUUCAGCAAAGCAUGAACGACAACCAAGUCUUGAGCCGGAAUUUCUGAUGCCAAAAGACAUAGACCCUGCUGACAGUUGGGAUCGUGCAGAAAGAGAAAGGGAUAUAAGACAAGGAAUUGAUCUAGCCACAACAUUGGAACGUAUUGAGAAGAAUUUUGUGAUAUCAGAUCCAAGGCUUCCAGAUAAUCCAAUUAUAUUUGCAUCUGAUAGCUUUCUUGAAUUGACGGAGUAUACAAGAGAAGAAAUUUUGGGAAGAAACUGUAGGUUCCUUCAGGGACCCGAGACAGAUCAAGCCACUGUCCAAAAAAUACGAGAUGCUAUUAGGGAGCAGCGGGAUAUUACAGUUCAGUUAAUUAAUUACACUAAAAGUGGGAAGAAGUUUUGGAACCUGUUUCAUUUGCAACCCAUGCGAGAUCAGAAGGGGGAGUUGCAAUAUUUUAUAGGUGUGCAACUAGAUGGAAGUGAUCAUGUUGAACCAUUACGCAAUCGCUUGUCAGAGCAAACAGAACAACAAAGUGCUAAAUUGGUGAAAGCUACUGCAGAAAAUGUUGAUGAAGCUGUUCGGGAACUUCCUGAUGCCAACUUGAGGCCAGAAGACCUCUGGGCAAUUCAUUCAGUACCAGUCUACCCAAGACCUCAUAAGAGAGGCUCCUCCUCUUGGAAUGCAAUCCAAAAGAUUACUGCAGCUGGUGAAAAAAUUAAUCUGGAUCAUUUUAAGCCAAUAAAACCAUUGGGUUGUGGUGAUACUGGCAGUGUUCAUUUGGUGGAGCUAAAAGGAACAGGAGAAUUGUUUGCGAUGAAGGCAAUGGAGAAAGAUGUCAUGAUUAAUCGUAAUAAGGUUCAUCGUGCUUGUAUUGAACGGGAAAUUAUCUCUUUGCUGGAUCAUCCAUUCCUUCCUACAUUAUAUGCUUCUUUUCAGACUUCUACACAUGUUUGUCUGAUAACGGACUUCUGCCCUGGUGGAGAGUUAUUUGCUUUGCUUGACAAACAACCAUUGAAAAUAUUUAAAGAAGAUUCAUCCAGGUUCUAUGCGGCAGAGGUUGUAAUUGGAUUGGAGUAUCUUCAUUGUUUAGGUAUUAUAUACCGUGACUUGAAGCCUGAAAAUAUACUGUUACAGAAGGAUGGGCAUGUCGUUUUGACUGACUUUGACCUUUCAUUCUUGACUGUCUGCAAACCUCAUAUAAUAAAACCUCCACAACCAAAGAAACGAAGAUCUCGUAGUCAACCACCUCCUACAUUUGUAGCAGAGCCAGUUACUCAGUCUAACUCAUUUGUUGGAACUGAGGAGUACAUUGCUCCUGAAGUUAUUACUGGAGCAAGCCAUACUAGCGCUAUCGACUGGUGGGCUUUAGGCAUAUUGUUGUAUGAGAUGCUUUAUGGACGUACUCCUUUCCGAGGGAAGAACAGACAAAAGACAUUUGCGAACAUCUUGCACAAAGACCUCACUUUUCCAAGUAGCAUUCCGGUAAGCCUCCAAGCAAGACAGUUAAUCUAUGCCCUAUUAAGUAGGGAUCCUGCUACCAGGUUGGGAUCCCAAGGGGGAGCCACUGAAAUAAAAGAGCAUCCUUUUUUCCGUGGAAUAAACUGGCCUCUGAUUCGUUGCAUGGAUCCACCGUCCUUGGAUGCGCCUCUUCAACUAAUUAAAAAAGAUCCAAAUGCGAAGGAAGUUAAAUGGGAUGACGAUGGAGUCCUUGCUUCUCCAAUGGACUUAUUCUAGCAGGCACAUCGGAGAAGCUCAUGUCAUAGGAGAAGAAAUCGUACGAUUGAAUAAAAGUUUUGAGAUAAUGUACAUAGAGGAAGAGGUACAUACUGAAGUAGGAUGUUUAGUGUUGUUUUUAUUUCCAGUUAAUCAUACUUUUGUAUAUGUAUAUUCAUAUUCAUUUCUGUUCAAAAACAAUCUAACAUUGUAAACUCAAAGAUCUCCUCUUCCAAGUUCCAUGUAAGUUAUGAUGUAGAAUUUUUUCAUCUCCUAA